AAUUUCUUUAUUUAGUUACUGUUUCAUCACAAGGGAAUUUGAUUGAACAGACUGGACUUGCAAAUCAAACAAUCGUUCAAGUAUUUGAUGUAAAAUCACCAGAACUAAAUGCAUCAGCUCAUGUAGAACUUGUCAAACCUGAUCAAAUGGAAUUGUUAACAUGUCCUGUCGAAACUGAAAUAUCAAAUACAUUACGUUUACCCGUUAAAAUGUUGUCUAAACAUGAUUUAUUAACAUGUUGUUUUCGAUUAGAUUUUCAUGUUCAAUUAGACGAUGAUCAAUUAACAAAUGGUAUAUUUCAAUAUAAAGGUGUUGUAUCUCCAAAUAAUGAAAAAUAUGGCGAUGAUCAAUCGGCUUGUGCCAUUUUACUAUUUAAAUCAAUUAAAUCUGGUCUAACAAAUGUUCGUGUAAUAUUAAAAUCGUACAAUUUAGAGCAAUCAGUAUUAAUUAGUUCUUAUGAACCAUUAAAAACAAAUCGUCGACGUUUAUUAUUGGCAGUUGAUUCAAUGUUUCAUUUAAAACUAACGAACGGUCUUUGUUUGAAUUGA